AUGAAAGGGACAAAUUUUAGCAAUCCUGCAGGUUUUAUCUUGCUGGGCUUUUCUGACCAGCCUCAGCUGGAGAUGAUCCUCCUUCUGGUUGUCUCUAUCGUAUAUUUUCUUACCCUGGUGGGGAACACAGCAAUCAUAUUGGUCUCAUACUUGAAUCCCAAGCUCCACAAGCCCAUGUACUUCUUUCUGUCCAAUCUCUCCUUCCUGGACCUCUGCUUCACCACCAGCAUUGUUCCACAGAUGCUGUGGAAUCUCAAGGGUUCUGAGAAGACCAUCAGCUACACUGGCUGUGUAAUCCAGCUCUAUGUUGCACUGGGGCUGGGCUCCACGGAGUGCAUCCUCCUGACUGUGAUGGCCUACGACCGCUUCAAUGCCAUCUGCCGACCACUGCACUAUGGCGUCAUCAUGCACUGGAAGCUUCUCCAGCGCCUAGCAGCUGUGGCCUGGAUCAGUGGUUUUGUGGAAUCCACAGUUCAGACCAUCCUCGUUUUCCAGCUGCCUCUUUGCAGCCACCACCAGGUAGAUGAUUUUAUGUGUGAGGAACCUGCCCUGAUUAAAAUCGCCUGUGUGAACACCACCUUCCUGGAAAAUGAGCUCUCCAUAGCAAUUGUCCUCUACGUGGUUAUACCUCUGGGGCUUAUUCUGGUCUCUUAUGGCUGCAUUGCUAGGAGUGUGCUGAGGAUAAAGUCUGCCAAAGGAAGGAGGAAAGCAUUUGGGACCUGUGGGUCCCACCUCCUUGUUGUGGUUUUGUUCUUCGGGACGAUCAUUUCUGUCUACAUUCAACCCAAGAGCAAGUACACACAGAACCACAGUAAAUUCCUCACCCUCUUCUACACUGUAGUGACUCCCUCACUUAACCCUAUGAUUUACACCCUGAGAAACAAAGAGGUUAAGUGGGCUCUGAGACAAUUGCUGGGGAGAGACCCCCAUCAGGGGGAAAUGUAA